AUGUCCGGGUUGGAGUUGAUAAGGCGCGCAGAGAUCCAGCCCCACUCCCUUACCUUCUUCCUGAUCAUGCACAUCCUGGCAGCCUGUGCUGCUUCCUCUGGGAACAGUGGCCUCAUCUGGCUCACCCCAGCGUCUGCAGCGCCCAGCACGCCGCCUAAGCAGGGUCACCGAGAUCCUGCCUGGGGAGGAGUGGACCGAGGACGGCUGGCCAAGGAAUGCGAGGAGGACCAGUUCCGGUGCCAGAACGGGCGCUGCAUCCCCUCUGUGUGGAGAUGCGACGAGGACGAUGACUGCUCGGACAACAGCGACGAGGACGACUGCCCCAAGAAGACCUGUAUGGACACCGACUUCACCUGUGACAACGGCCACUGCAUCCCCGAGCGGUGGAAGUGUGACGGCGAAGAGGAGUGUUCUGACGGCUCCGAUGAGUUCCAGGCCACCUGCCCCAAGCAGGUGUGUCCUGCAGAGAAGCUGAGCUGUGGACCCACCAGCCACAAGUGUGUGCCCGCCUCGUGGCGCUGCGACGGGGAGAAGGACUGCGAGAGUGGAGCGGACGAGGCUGGCUGUGCCACCUUGUGCGCCCCGCACGAGUUCCAGUGCGGCAACCGCUCGUGCCUGGCCGCCGUGUUCGUGUGCGACGGCGACGACGACUGCGGCGACGGCAGCGACGAGCGCGGCUGCGCCGACCCGGCCUGCGGGCCCCGCGAGUUCCGCUGCGGCGAAGGCAGCGCCUGCGUCCCCGAGCGCUGGGUCUGCGACCGCCAGUUCGACUGCCGGGACCUCUCGGACGAGGCGGCCGAGCUCUGCGGCCGCGCGCGCCCGGGGAACGCGACCGCGCCCGCCGCCUGCGCCGCCGCCCACUUCGCCUGCCGCAGCGGCGAGUGCGUGCACCUGGGCUGGCGCUGCGACGGCGACCGCGACUGCAAGGACCAGUCCGACGAGGCUGACUGCCCACUGGGGACCUGCCGCGGAGACGAGUUCCAGUGUGGGGACGGAGCCUGUGUCCCUGCAGUCAAGCGCUGCAACCAGGAGCAGGACUGCCCAGACGGGAGUGACGAAGCUGGCUGCCUAACCGGGCUGAAUGAGUGUCUGCACAACAACGGCGGCUGCUCCCACAUCUGCAAUGACCUCAAGGUCGGCUUUGAGUGCACCUGCCCAGCAGGCUACCGGCUCCUGGACCAGAAGACCUGUGGCGACAUAGAUGAGUGCGAGGACCCAGACGCCUGCAGUCAGAUCUGUGUCAAUUACAAGGGCUACUUUAAGUGCGAGUGCCACCCUGGCUACGAGAUGGACACACUGACCAAGAACUGCAAGGCUGUCGCUGGCAGGAGCCCGUCCCUAAUCUUCACCAACCGGCACGAGGUGCGGAGGAUAGACCUGGUGAAGCGCGACUACUCACGCCUCAUCCCCAUGCUCAAGAACGUCGUGGCGCUAGACGUCGAAGUGGCCACCAAUCGUAUCUACUGGUGUGACCUCUCUUACCGCAAGAUCUACAGCGCGUACAUGGACAAGGCCAGCGACCCGGCAGAGCAGGAGGUCCUCAUCGACGAGCAGCUGCACUCUCCAGAGGGCCUGGCGGUGGACUGGGUCCACAAGCACAUCUACUGGACCGACUCGGGCAACAAGACCAUCUCAGUGGCCACCGUCGAUGGCAGCCGCAGACGCACUCUCUUCAGCCACGACCUCAGUGAGCCGCGGGCCAUCGCCGUCGACCCCCUGCGAGGGUUCAUGUAUUGGUCUGACUGGGGGUACCAGGCCAAGAUUGAGAAGUCUGGGCUCAACGGUGCGGACCGGCACACACUGGUGUCAGACGAUAUUGAGUGGCCCAACGGAAUCACCCUGGAUCUGCUGAGCCAGCGCUUAUACUGGGUCGACUCCAAGCUGCACCAGCUGUCCAGCAUUGACUUCAGCGGCGGCCACAGAAAGAUGCUGAUUUCCUCCCCCCACUUCCUGGGCCACCCUUUUGGGGUGGCUGUGUUUGAGGACAAGGUGUUCUGGACAGACCUGGAGAACGAGGCCAUUUUCAGUGCAAAUCGGCUCACUGGCCUGGAAAUCUCCGUCCUGGCUGAGAACCUCAAUAACCCGCACGACAUCGUCAUCUUCCAUGAGCUGAAGCAGCCGAGAGCUGGAGAUGCCUGCGAGCUGAGUGCCCAGCCCAGCGGCGGCUGCGAGUACCUGUGCCUGCCUGCUCCUCAGCUCUCCAGCCACUCUCCCAAGUACACGUGUGCCUGUCCCGACACCAUGUGGCUGGGCCCCGACAUGAAGCGGUGUUACCGAGCUCCUCAAUCUACCUCAACUACGACGUUAGCCUCUACCACAGCGAGGCCCGAAGCUGACUCUGCCAGAGCGCCUGGGACCGCCAUCCACAGCCCCACCCACCAGAACCACAGCACAGAGACGCCGCGCCUGGCAGCUGCAGCCCCAAGCUCAGUCAGUGUUCCCAGGGCUUCCAGCAUCAGCCCGUCUACCCCAAGCCCUGCAACCAGCAACCACUCCCAGCACUUCGGGUUAGAGGGGUGGCAAGGGAAAAACUGCCAUCUAAGCAAUGGGCUGGAGCCUGCUGGAGGUCAGUGCAACGUGUCUCUCUCUUCAGCGGUGAUAGCCCUCCUGUGCAUGAGCGGCUACCUGAUCUGGAGAAACUGGAAGCGGAAGAACACCAAAAGCAUGAACUUUGACAACCCCGUGUACAGGAAAACAACAGAGGAGGAGGAUGAAGAUGAGCUCCACAUCGGGAGGGCUGCUCAGAUUGGCCAUGUCUAUCCUGCAGCAAUCAGCAGCUUUGAUCGCCCACUGUGGGCAGAGCCCUGUCUUGGGGAGACCAGAGAACUGGAGGACCCAGCCCCUGCCCUCAAGGAGCUUUUGGUCUUGCCGGGAGAACCAAGGUCACAGCUGCACCAACUCCCGAAGAACCCUCUUUCCGAGCUGCCUGUCGUCAAGUGCAAGCGAGUGGCAUUAAGCCUUGAAGACGAUGGACUGCCCUAAGGAUGGGACCACUCCCUUCAUGCCUCACGGAAUUCAGUUCCAUGCACUACACUCUCUGGAUGGUGUAUGCCUGGAUGGAAGGAUUUCUGUAUGGGUGUGUGAGUGUGUGCGUGUCUGUGUGUGCGUGUGUGAUUUUAAUUUAUGUUGCAGAAAGGUAACCACAAAGUUAUGAUGAACUGCAAACAUCCAAAGGAUGUGAGAGUUUUUAUAUGUAUAAUGUUUUAUACACUUUUUAACUGGUUGCACUACCCAUGAGGAAUUCAUGGAAUGGCUACUGCUGAGUGACUAACAUGAUGUACAUAACCAAAUGGGGCCGAUGGUACAGUAGCUUACUCAUCAUUUAAAAACUAUAUUUACAGAGAGAAUAUUUGAUUUCGGGGGGGGCUUUUUUAGGUUUUGGAGUUUUGGGGGUUUUUUUGUAAAUAAAAUGAUUAUGCUUUGUGGCUAUCCAUCAACAUAAAAAAGAAAAGAAAAAUAAGCACCUCAACUCCCUCCCCAAUUUAGAUUAUUUAUUAACAAACUUCAUAAAUAAGAUUAGUUCUAUAAAUCAUUUAGAGACAUGAGAGUAUUUAUUUUUGGUAUGAUUGGCCCACCACACAGACUCCGUGUGCAUUGUGUUUGUCUGCAUGUGUGUGCAAGAGAAAACUCUAGAGAAGAGGCGCACCUAUGGCGGUUGUUCGAUAGAUAUAUUUUAAGCCAGUCCACAGAGGGUAUCUGGAGUUUUCAGAGAAUUAGCCUUUGGAACUCUGGCUCAGAGAACAGACACCAUGGUGUGUGCAAACAUGUAGCGGCAGAGGCGGAACCUCCCCAACUCUGGCUAUUCCUGGGACCCGACUCGGGAAAAGCCCUUCAGCUCACCGUGGCUGCUGGGACUCCCCCCUGGGCUUUCUCUUAUGUGGCUAAGGCCAGCGUACAGACUUUACACGGUGCCAGAAGUCCUCGUGAGCUCAGGUGAGAACAUGCCUGAACCUUGGCUACUCCUGUUUUAAAGUUCAGCAUUUCGAGCAACUUCAUUUUCCUUCAGGGCACUUGGGUUGAAUUCAUUAAGGCUGAAUUCCUUACUGAUAGAGAGCUAAGUGGAGAUGUUUCCAGAACAGCCCAAGUUUACUCUAGGGACUGGCUUAGGCACAGAACCCCUGGGAUGCACUAUGGAUGAGGAUAAAGAUGGUGGAAUAGGUUUUGUUACAUCUCCAUCUCUCCCUCUUACUCUCCCAUUUCCUUUAGGUGGGGAAGAGUAAUACUUAGGUUUGUUGCCAUGAUGUGUUCGCAUAGAUGAAACUAAUGUGGGGCUUAAGGCAGUAAAGGUAGACAAACGUAAAGUCCUAUUUGAGGGAAAUGGCAUCCGCAAUAUUAUAGGACACUGGGUAUAUGUUCACACAGAAGUUUGGUUUACUGCUUUGUAAAUAAAAGGAAGAACUCUAGGUCUAUGUACAGCUUUGUUUCACCAUGGACACUUCCUUUGCCUCUCCUGGGCCUUGGGGAGGCGGGGAGAAGUGUUCAUCUCUCUUUGUGGGGUCUACCAUUGAAAACAUAAUCCAAUAGUCCCAGAAGGAAUUCAGUCCCCCCUGGCUCUAUCGUCCAAGGUCUUUUCCUAACUCUGCUGUUCCACACUGUACUCCCACUGGACAACCAGGAACAAGACGUGACACAGCGUGUCUGGCUUCAGUAGGGGCAGAGGACAUGUACCUAACCUCAGCAUACCUGGAACUUGGCCCAUGUAAGCAAAUUCCUCUCCCCUACUUCCAAGUUGCCCCCAACUCAGUAAACCUUGGAUGUCUCGCCCAUUGCUACCCUUUGAAUUUCCAGACAGACAUUCUGGAGUUCUGUCACCCUGUUCCUAGGACCUUUCUUUCUCUCCGUCACUCAUGAUCUGCUAGAUUCUGGGAAAACAACCGUAUUCUGGAGCCUGGGCACUAUGCUGUGAAAAAACAAGCAAUUUCCUCAUGAUAUGUAUGUGCUGAUAGUCCUGAAACGUCCAUUAAGAGGGAAAGAUGCAUUGACUUAGAAUGACCGUUACCAAAUAGAAUAUUAAAAACAUCCGGCCAACUCCUAUGGAGCUUAAUCACUUACUACUAUUCUUUCAAGAAUAAAAAGUAAAAUAAUUUUUGACUGAAGAAAAAUUAUGAAAGUGAAAAGUCAUUGAAAUUUACACAAAAACAAGCAACUUUUUCUGUAACCUGCCUCCAAAGAAAUAGAAAUUCCUGGGGAAAUUAUAAUAGUGUCUAGUGCAUAAUAUCUAAACUUUCAGUCAGAUCCUGGCCUUCACAGGAAAAAUAAUGAAUGGGAUCAGGAUGAUUCAGCCCGAUAUCUCAAAAUGAAGAUGAAACACAACUUUCUCAGAGAUACCCAUGUUUUCUGAAUAUGCUGCAACUGCAGUUUGAAAGAGGCAGCUAUGGGAGCAGCCUACAAAAAACCAAAUUGUGGAAUACUCACGUGUUGGAUGGUAGUAACGUAGAUGAAAUCCGAGGACUCAAGUCCAUCCUCUAGCCCUGAAGGCUUUAAGCGUCAUUCUGAGGUUUAGUUGCAUUUCUGUUGCUUUUUGCCCUGAUGCCGUCAUAUACCAACAGUCAGGAACAGGUCAGAGAGUCAUUGGACUAUACGUAGAGCUGGAGGACACUUAGAAACAACACCAAGAGGGCAGAAGGUGUAUCAGACAAUUUUUCUCUAUUUAAAAGAAACGCUGCGGUCCUUUUCCUCCCUUUUCUUCUCCAGUUGACUACUUUGCACUGCCUGAACAUUGCACCAAACCUGCCACCUAUCUUUCCAACAGGAUUAUGAAGGCACUGGCAGAAAUGGCCUUCCAGAAACAGGGAAAACUAAAAUUUCAUUUAUUUACUUUUGAUGGCAUGAUUAUUUUAAAAAUAGAUGGAGAUAACCUGUAACCUCAGGAUGAGAUUGGAUUUAAAUUUAUGGCAAUAAACACUGUGGAUCCCUCCAAUUCUCUCUUUGCGAUUGCAAUAUAUGCAUUCACUGAACCCAUUUGCUAGGUAUCAGCUAAGUGUUGGGCACUGCAGAAGUAUAGGUCAGUCAAACAUUUUCUGUCCCUAUGGCGCUCACAGUGGCAGUAGAGGAAGACAUGUGGGAACAAAAAAAGAAUAGAUUCUUUUCAGAAUAAUGUUAUGAUACGAAGUGGUCAUUUCUACCGAAGAAGAUAAUGGGGUCAAGAAAGCCACCACAGGAGAAGUGACCUUAAGUCUUAAAAACUAAGUAGGGACGUCAGGCUGCUUCAGGCAGAAGAAACACAACUAAGACAGAGAGGCAUGAAACGGCAUGAGGACUUUCAUGAACUGCAUGUAAUUCAUUACAACGAGCAAAAAGCUCAAGGGGGACGUAGCAAGCAAUGAGCUGGAUGGAAAGACAGGUUCAACAUAAGCACUUUAUAGAAUACUCCUAUUUAACUUCUGAUUUAAUUAAGCAAACAUUCCUUGGUCAUUCACUGUGUGCGAGGCACCAAGUGCACGGGAAAUUCAUCAGGAUGUGUUGCCAGCACUUGCAGACAUGACAGUCUUGAGCCUCAAGCUUUCCGGUGGCCAAAGAGACACAGUGACUGUUUUUCAUAUAUUCGAGUUGAAGUUUUGUGAUAUGGUCUAUGAAAACUAAUAUAAGGACAGUGGGAUUUUCACAGAAGCAUUCCAUGUUGCCAAGAGCCUCUGAGAUUUCUCCCACAGAGAGAAAGAAAACUGGGAGUUUUGAAGACGUGGAGUUUGCAGAGGGGACCCCAAGCACUGUCCAGUCUGGCGCUGGUGGGAAUGGGGAGAGGGCACAGAAAUGUGAGCCUCCCCACCUCACUCCCUAACGUCAGCCAUACGCUCAUUUCACAGAAUAGAAAUGGUUAGCAGUUAACCGGCUCAGAGUAAAUUAUCUCCUUUCCCAUCAAUGCAUGAAGAUAAGGUAUUGGAGUCUUUUUACAUGGUAUUUUUAGGGUAUUGGGGAUUUUCAGGAUAUGGAGAACUUAGAGGUGGAGGAAUUACAGCUUCAAAUUUCCAGUCAAUAAAAAGAAAUCAGGAAUCCCUAUUCAUUCAGGCUAUGCACCAUGUGCAUAGUCAGGAGUCAGCAAAAACCCUCUGUAUUUGCAAAUACUUUGUGCUAUAAAAAAUAAUUUUAAAAGAGCCACCUGUAUAUGUAUAUAUUUAAAGACAUGGAGGUUUUGAUACUUUUUUUACAAAAAUUACAAGAGAAAACAAAUACCUGUACAAACCAUGUGUUUUAAAAUAGCAUUUUGUUCUAUACAAGCUGUUGUUAAUUUGGGGGUGAAGUACUGGUUCGCAAACGCCAUCACAUUGUACCCAAAGGAAUUUUCCCUGUUUGUCUCCCUCCCACACACACACACACAUGUCCCCAAAUUACCAUAUUUGAUGUUUGAUGUAACAGGCAUGUUAGAAUGUUGGGUCACACUAACCAUCCCUGCUCUCUUUGUGUUAUUCCAAAUUCCAUUGUCUUCUGUCCUCAGUCCCCUUUGCAGUCUGGCCUCUCUCCCAGAGGCAACGGGUGGUGUGCUGCGUCUCACUAGCUGUACCGGCAUCAUCUUGGUGAACUAAAAAGCAAAUGUGGACAUUUGUAAAAUCAGUGCACUGUUUCUAGAGAAAGAUUAAAUUCCUUUUUUAAAAUCUGGAA